CAUAUUUUCAGGACAGAGUUUUUUGCAUUAUUUUUAUGUAGUUGAAUUGUGCUGAUGAGUAUCCGGAUAUUAUCAGUAAAUUUUUUGGAAAGUGGAGGCCGAAAGAAACACGUGACUGAUCAAAAUGAGAUUGAACCCAGUGUUUUGUGCAAAGAGCAUUGGGCGAAUGCUCGAAUAUUAUUCGCAGUUCAACCCUUCGCCGUUGUCCAUCAAACAAUUUAUUGAUUUUGGAUUAAAUGCGACGGAAAGGACGUCGUUCAACUUUUUGCGCCAGGAGUUACCUGUGCGCCUGGCUAACAUUAUGGCGGAAAUACAUUUGCUGCCCGAGUAUUUACUCUCGAUGCCAUCCUCAAAGAUGGUACAUGGAUGGUACGAGCGGUCAUUCCUGGAGAUACUUGAUUUCCAAAAAUCGGAUUCAAACGACCCUGCUGUGCUGAAUACUUUUGUGGAAACGCUCAUCAAGAUCAGGAAUCGUCAUUCAAGCGUCGUCGAAACGAUGGCUCAAGGUGUCAUCGAGCUUAAAGAAAGCAGAGAUGUCGACGCUGUUACGGAAAAUUCGAUUCAAUAUUUCUUGGAUCGGUUUUAUAUGUCACGCAUAUCAAUUCGAAUGCUCAUCAAUCAACACACUUUGCUUUUCGGCGGAGAACUGAAUGGCGGACAGAGCAACAUUGGAUCCAUCGACACCAAGUGCAACUUGGUGCAUGUAAUCCAUGACGCGUUUGAAAACGCUCGAUUUUUGUGCGAACAGUACUAUUUGGCUUCUCCGGAUUUGAUCAUUCGUGGAGUUGAUGGAAACGAACCGACACAAUUGCAUUUGGUCUACGUCCCUUCGCAUUUGUACCAUAUUUUCUUCGAACUGUUCAAGAACUCUCUACGUGCUGUAGUGGAGCACCUUGGUUCGGGUGAGAGUUAUCUUAUUUUCGAGUAUUUUACUCCGGUUUUGUAUCUGGACGUUUAUCUCUCUUGUUCCUCUGUAGGGACGACGGAGUUUCCUCCAAUCGAGGUUCGGAUCUCGGUGGGUAAAGAAGACAUAUGUAUCAUGGUAUCCGAUUUGGGCGGAGGGAUUCCGCGCAGCUCGUCGGACCUUUUGUUUGCGUACACCUAUUCUACCGCCCCGCAACCCUCGCCAAGUGGAUCGGGGUCUGCCCCACUUGCCGGAUAUGGGUACGGGUUACCGCUGUCGAGGUUGUACGCUCGAUAUUUCCGUGGGGACCUUCUGGUGACAUCGAUGGAGGGAUAUGGAACGAAUGCAUUGGUGUAUCUGAAGGCAUUGACUAGUGAAGCAAAUGAGCUUCUCCCGAUAUUCAACAAAGCGUCGUCGAAGAACUACGAAGGCUCAGUGCAGACAUCGGACUGGAGUGUUCCUGGACAAUUUUCCACAAACUUGAGGUAUUUCUGAGUGGUUCUUCAGCUAUGGACUGGUUGACAAAAGAUGGCUUCAUUGUGCGUCGUCUGAAGCCUCGUUUCAUUUACUAGAAGUUCUAGUCGGAAAUUUACCGACGUCGUCGAUGACACUUUUCUCAGAUUCGUCGAAACGUGGCAUUUUUUUUAGAGGUAUAAGAUCUUCAGAUUGUCUAUUCUGGAAACACGGCGUUUGUCUUCCCUCAUCGCCUGACGGGGAUGUCGAGAAAGUAAAUCGGUUUUACAGUCCGUUACUAACGGUUUUGUCAAGAAUUGGAAUUCUCUGCAGCGUUUGCCAAUGUUCAGCCAAACGUAAAGAACUUUUCAGGGAAGGAAGAGGCUGAAGAGAUGCAUAAUUUUGUACCAGAUCCGCGUGACGUGUUUCUUCUAGGCGUAUGAUUGGUGCUUUCGGUUCACUUGUCAAGUUUGCUACUAGUCCUUGUUGAAGUCGAGUUUCAACUCGGUUCGAUUGAUAGUGUUAUACGACUUUUGUGGUCGGCUUUGAUUUUGGGUGGCUGUGUUUUAUUUCUAUCCGGAUGCCGUUAAUGCACGCAAAUGAAUCUCCCUC